AUGACAGAUGCCAAGUUAAAUCAAAGCCAGGAGUUUGUACAAGUCCCACUAAGUCAGACCACUGGAACGGAGCACACGUGGCAAAUCAGGUAGGUAAUACACAAAAUACCUACCCUGAAUCAGACAGACAUAUAGACCAUCAUUGAAAGACUAUCCACAUUCUUACAAUGACCUAUGCUUAUUUUAUGCACCGUCCUGUUGUAACAGAUUAUGAGCUUUAAUAUAAACAAUUCUAGGAUGAAUACAGUAGAAUUUAACUCAGCCACACUAUCCAUCAGUGCAAAUUAUAUUUUGUAUACUGCUAACGUAGCUGAAUAAUUGAGACAAUAAUUUCUAAAGAGAAAUUAAUUUACUGUAAGCGUGAGAACUUCCAUCAAAAAUCCUACACAUAUGAUAGAUAGAUAGAUAGAUAGAUAGAUAGAUAGAUAGAUAGAUAGAUAGAUAGAUAUUACUCUAAAUGACUAGAAAAUGAAAAAUAAAUAAAUUCCUUGUUAAAACAAAAUCUCACUUUUCCAAGCUGCAGUAUGAUAUUGCUGAUUAUAUAAAAGUAUACUCUAAAUUAUAGCUAGAUACCUGUCUGUAGACUGGAGAUGUCUUUCAAUAAUUAUUGUGUAGCUCGGCAAACCUAUAUUUUUUAUUUCAUUAUUUAUUAAGAGGCCAGGAACCAGAGUUGUAUUAACUUCUACUGGUCAUAAAAUACAAAAAUACAUUUUUUUAAAAGUGUUAUCUAGGUUUAAGAGUCUACUAUGAAUUAAUUGCAUACUGUGUAUAAAAGGGACAUCAUUUAAAAGCGAAUUACUAUAAAUAGACUUGGCAAAAGUUGAAGACAGUCUAUAAGUGGUGGCCAACAUUUGAGAUUAAGUAGAGCUAUCCAAUAGGUUUUAAAGGUUCUAAUUUUCUCCACUGUCACAUCAAAGCUCAUCAAAUUCCCAGUCUGAAUCCUCCACAUGUCACCCUACAUUCCUAAUCUCAUGUCUGUUUCAGGUUAAAGAUAUCAGAACCAUAUGACAUUAUAUCAAUACUGCAUGUAAUGCGGUUCUAUUUUAUGAACAUACAUAAAAGUAUUUCUUACGGGUGGUUUCUCUUUAUUGUCAUAUCUGACAUAAUGGUGUCAUGCUGUCACUAUAAACAGAAUUCACUAUGACUUAAAGGACCAUACACCCUUUCUUACAAUUGUAUUUCUUAUUAAAUAGCAUGACAUGCGUAUCUAGAACAUUUGGUUGUUUCUUGUCGUUGUGGAAAGAUUCAUCACAUUUCACAGAAAGUGGAGCUAGGCAAAGAUCAGUUAAAAUAUUGUAAAAUCAAUCCUGCUUUUUGAUUGGUUGCUUGGCGCAUUCAGUUAUAUUGAAUGUUCCCAGAGUUCAAAUUAACUCGGUAAUUAGAAAAUAUAUAUAGAAAAGUGAACUAAUAGCAAGCAUUUAUCUGUUCUAAAUUUCACAGAUAGACAGGAUUCGUAGAUAUCUUAACCUCUAAUUUUUGGCUAAUUAUACAUUUUAAUUACUUCUGACUUUUGAUAUUCUUGGUGUUUUUCUAGACUGAUUGAUGUUGGUUUCACAAUAUGAAAAAUCUUGAAAAUUAUUUUUUUUCUUUUCAUUCUCACCACCCAUGACUGUUAUCAUACAGUCAUUGUAGAUUUAUGAUACCUAUUUAAUAAAUUACAUUUAUAGCUUAUUUUUGCUCCAGUUAUUGACUUGAAGGGAUCUCAAGAUCUAAUUGUACUCUGUAAAUAAAAUAUAUUGUAGUAUUUUAUUUAUUUCUUUUUUCAAAAGACGGUGAAAACUCUAUAAUGUGUAGUCUUAUAUUUUUGUAUUCUGUUGUUCAGGUAUGGUUGCAUCUCUGGUCAUAUUGUUGCCCUAAAGUGUUCAGGUAAGUGUCAGCAUUCAUUGUAGCCCAUUUCUCGGACAUUAUAUUGCUCUGCAUAAUUUGCAUGGUCCAUGGUUCUUAUCAUGUGUAAAAGAAAAAAAAUAAAGAAUAAAAUAAAUGUAACGUCAAAUAAUGCUCUAGGACAGUGGUUGCAAGCCCAGUACCCAAGAUAUAUCAGCAGUCCAUGAUUUAAGGCAAAUCUGUCAUCCCCUCUAAAAAAAAAAAAAAAAAGUAGAGCUGAGGGCAAGAAGGCUUUGUCUAUGUCCUGUGAUCUCGCAGGAUCCUAUAUAGAUAUCAGUGUUUUACUCUCCUGCAUGUCCUAGAGUACAGCACUGAUGUUGGCUCCUGGCAUAUGAAGAACCAGGAAGCAAAAAGGAUGGCGGCUGCGAGAGACAUGUUCAGGUAAGUAUAACCUACCUGUCCUUGCACCCCACAUCACCGUACACCAAAGUGACUAUGUCACCAUUGGGGGUCUAUGCAAAAUACGCAAAAACCAUAGAAGGUGACAAAAGGGGUUAGUGACAAAACCUGAAUUGCUGGUGUCUUUUAAGCAAUGCUUUGGGAAAUAGUGCUUUAAGAAUUACUAUAUCAAUUAGUGAGCUGCUGGUUAUUCUCAAAGGACUUUAGUCAGUUAACAGUAAAUUAUGGUUAGAUUAUAGCCAGCUUGCAAAAGUUGGGUUUAAACAGCUGACUUUGAAAAUUUUUCCAGCUCUGCUGAAUUAGAGAUUUUGUUUUUGCUACAUGGCCACUUUGACGUUACUGUUGCAAGUCAACUCACUUAAGGGAAUAAACAUCAAUAAAAAAUAUGUAAACCUCCGAAUUAUACUUAGAAAAGAAUGAGGAAGUUACAUUCAGCUUAAAAGUAAUUAUAUUGUUUGAAAAGAAGCAUUUUAUUCAUAUAGCCCUAUCAUUUGUGACUUAAACAUAUUUUUUAGUAACUUAUAUUCAAGUAUUCCUAUACUUGGGCUUAUACAAUUUAGUGUCAAUUUAAUUGUUUUAGAGUGCUGACUUAUUAAAAAUAGCUAUACAAUUAGAUAAGAUUUAAUAUAUAUAUAUAUAUAUAUAUAUAUACAUAUAUAUAUAUAUUGUAUUUUUUAUUUUAUUUUUUGCGGUAUAAACAUCGGUAAAUAAAGAUAUCCUCUAAUCUUCUAUGAAAUGUUUGACUGUUACUUACUACAAGCUCAUAAAGUUAAUAAGUGAGCAACACGUUACAUUUAAAUUCAAGCUGCUUGUUUGAGUAUUUUUAGUUUCUCCCUAUGAAAGCGUUCAUUUUUAUUUUUAUUAAACAAUUUGCAAUUAAAUUAUAUUUAAAAUAUAUAUAUAACUUAACAACUAUAAGGGAGGAGAGAAGGACAGGUAGUCUUUCUAGAUAACUUAGGGAAACUGACUAAAGCCAAGGCAGAGACUUUAGUUUCUCCACCAGGUGAAGACCGUCACUGGAGCAGAGAGGUAGGUAAACAUGGCUUAAUGAGUUCUCUGUAAUGCGACAUAAAACUUAACCUGUAUAUUGAAAUCUAUGGGGAAAUUGAUACUCAGUAAUAAAGUGUAAACUUAUUCUUUAAAAGAAUUUAUCUAUUUUUAAAUCUUUGUAGAUUUUUUUUUUUUAAAGGAGUAGCGUUAGAAUGUUUUUCUGUGCACUCAUAAAGCUUCAAAAGUGCAUGAACUGCUUCCCUUCUCCUCUGAUGACUGGUUAAUCAGUGAAAUGCUGAUAAUAUAUAUUGUUAAUUUGUAUUACUGAUCCCACCGAUACAGAUACAUGUUUUUCACUUUAAGACGAUGAACUUGCACCAAGAUAACCUCUCUUAAAACAUUUAUUUUACCAUAGAAUGUGGAUCUCGCUCUAAAUCUUCCCGAAUUAUUGGGGGAAGUGAUGUUUCACUAGGUCGUUGGCCAUGGCAGGUCAGUCUAUAUCUUAACAACAGACACGUCUGUGGUGGCUCUAUCGUGGCUCAUCAGUGGAUCAUAACUGCUGCACACUGUGUACACAAGUAGGUCUUGAUGCAUUAUGACAACUAGAGUUGAAUUAUAUUUGGCAAUGCAAGUCAAGUUCAAAUGAUCUGAUUGAGAGUAAAUUGCAUGCUUCCACUUAAAUAAACACUUUAUUCAAACUCAAUGUCUUGGUUCCAGUAAGAGCAUUAGAUAAGUUAUUGAUCUACCGCAGUUGGCAUUUAAGUUUCUCUCCUGGGUGUAAACAGAUACAUAUGUGGCAUUACACGUUGUUUUUUUAUGUAUGGAGACUGGUCGGGAUAAUGGAAAAAGAUUUGUAUUGACUAUAACUAUAGUAGAAUUGUAAAUUUGCAAUUGCAGUUGCUUCCCAUUUACAAAUCCAUCCACUAUACACACACACCUUCUGCGUUACACACGCCUCCUCCCUUACAUUAAACUUGCAUCCUUUACACAAACACACAACCUUACUUACACACACUGCAUCCCUCACACACAUUUCCUCCUUUACACAUUCACUGACGCACACUUUAAAAUAUUCCCUGCAAACACACAAUACAUCCCCUACACACAUACACUCCUUUCCCAUGAACACAAUACAUUCCCUUUACACACAGCUACAACCCCUAUACCCACACAAAAUACAUCCCAGGAUGUGGGACAAGGGCAGUACUGAUUGCAGCUCAAAGUGCCUGCAAGAUGGCGGUGGAAUGGGGUGGCCAGUCACUGUAAGUUAGAUGUGAUUAUUUUGCUCAGAUGGACAAUCCUGUGAGUGGGUAGGUGGUGUAAAUUCCAUGAUGUAAUGGUUGUGGUGUUACUUUAGUACCUGUGAUGAGUUUAUCUCAAAUUAAUUUGGGAUUGUCACAUGUCCUAUGGCUAUAGGACUGCAAUACCCAUAAAUCUGUGCUAGUUGUUGGUCUUUCUCUAGCAUGAAAAUAGGAGGACUGUCAUGAAAUGACAUCUGCAUGGAAAAACAGGGUAUAGCACUAACCUAUUUGAUGAUUUCUUUUGAAAAAUCACUUCUUGAAUCCACCUGGAAAUUGUUGGAAAAAAUGUAAAAAUGUUUCUACGUGUCUCUACAUUCUCCUUGUGUUCUACAGCAAAUAUCAAAUUCCCUAUUUUAAGCUAUAGGUCUCCACAGUUGUCCAGUUGGUCUGUAUAUUCAGGCAUGGUCAGCCACAGUUCCAUGAGACAGAAUGUACGAGCUUCUGCCAUAGAGAAGAUCAUCCACCACCAGAAGUAUGAGGAACGGAACCAUGAUUAUGACAUUGCAAUGAUGAAACUGGAAAAACCGUUAAAUUAUUCAGGUCAGAGUUUUUCAAGGUGGAGAAAUAGAAAAUGUUAAUUUUCAUGCUUUAAACUGAUUAAAUAAAUUAGUAAAUUCAAAAUGGCUACUUUUACUGAUGUAUAACGUUCGAAGUCACUGCUUAAAAAUACAUGAAUCAAUUGGGUAUAUCCUAGGAAAAUGGUAUAUGGUUGAAGAAUUUCUAGAUUUCUAUAUGGACCUGUUUCAGAACCAAAAGAAUUAUGCAAAAUAUUGCUACGGGUUCUUUUUUAACCAAGCUAGCUUCUUGAAAUUUACUCUAAUUUAAUUUGAGAAUGUUCAGCAAGGGGACAAUGAUGCUCUGAUGGAACUACUGGAACAGCACUAUGGGAAUAUGGUAGCGUACUUCAUUAACCCAAACAUAUAAAUAAAUUAUUACAAUGUUAAUGUAGCUCCUACAAAAGGGCUUGUAAUGAAUCACAUAAAGACAUUCUGUUGUUUCAUUUAGACAGAUCCCAAUUAUUUCCCCUAACUGGGGUGUUGUCAAUUCAUGUUCAUCAUCUAGUCCACCUUUAACUCAAUCUAUAUAUACACCAAACUCACGUUUUAGCUUGUUCAGAUACAUAAAGGUAAUGUGUGCUUCUAAUCUAUCUAGAUUUAGUAGUUGAUUGUGACCUUUGACAUCUGACCUUUGAUUCAUUAACUAAACAAUAUGUUUUAUGCACAGACAGCGUGCGCCCGGUGUGUCUACCUCAGUAUGACCAAGAAUUUGCAGCUGGUACAGAGUGCUGGGUCUCAGGAUGGGGCCACAUUCACCCUGACAGCUGUAAGUAGACACCUUAUAGAAGUCCCAAAUCAUCCCAUUUGUAUGACAGAAUUAAUUUCAUAAUAUCUGGAUCAAUAUAUAUAUAUAUGUUUACCAAAAACUCAAAGAUGAUUUAUUCACUAAAACCGAAUUGAAGAGAAUUAAAAGCCAAAACACAAAGUGUAAAAAAAAUUCUAGAACUCCUUAAUAGACAUAGCUAGGCAAAUUUAGCUUAUAUUUUUCAAUUUAGUUUUCAGUACAGCACAAUUCAGAAUUUACUGAAUAACGUAGAAAGUAUUUGUUGUAAAACAGCUUGGUACAGCUUUUACACAUUUUCCUCCCAAAUUAUGUAGUAGCUUCAUUCAUCCAUUAAUCAUGGGCCAUCAAUCAAGGUCCAGUGUUGAUACAUGAUCAACUCUGCUGAUUCAUUAAUGCAGGACUCAAAAAUGUUUUAUAUUCUUCUACCACUUUAAUGUUCAUGGUAUAUUAUCAACAAUACAGUUCAUUAACAUAUAUAGUGGAAGCAAACACACAAGAGGUAAGAAUACUGCCAUUACAAAUGGGAGACAAUGUCUUCAGAACCUUCAAAAGAAGAUGUCUUCUAGAACAGCUAUUCUCAAGGUGCACAGAAAAAUGCAUGUUGUAAACAUAUACACUAUGAAGAGAUGGAGACAUCAAUAUUAAAUAAUACUUCAUGGAUUUGGGGGAAAAUUGAAACAAAACGGAAUUUUGAAACCAUGCCAAGGAAAUGUGUUAUUUGUACUUACCUUACAACUCACACAACAUUACUGGUGGCAUGCCAGUAGGCAAUAUACGCAUGAAGAUUUACAUGCAUGCUAAACUGACACGUGCAGGUUACCACGCAGGCUCCCAUGCAUGUGCAGAGGGCAUGCUGUAGUUGUGUUAGGAUAGUAUCGCCUGACAUGCAAACAUAUGUCAUGACAAAUUAGGAACUAAAUAGAUAAAGAGAAACAGGGAUGAUUAUUAUCGGGCUAUAGAGUUUUCUCCAAGCACCAUAACUACUACUGUACCAUUGUGCUCUGCUAGGGUAAUUAGUCAAAACAUCUGAUAAUGAUUUGGCAACUUAUCUGGGAUUUUCUGGGUGCCAGUUUCCAUCAUUUGUGUCCCAGAAGCUCCUGCACAGCAAGGCUUGGUUCAGUGGAGCUAAUGGGAGGAUUCGACCAGCCCCCAGAGAAUCCCAAGUUAGCUCUCAAACACUUUUAGAUAGUUUGAUUGCUUACCCUAGGAGAGUACAUAGCACUCCUGGCACCAUAGCCACUGCUGAGUGUAGUGGUUAUGGUGUCUGGAGUGUAACUCUAAUGCAAUACAUUCAGAUAGUUUAAAGGACAGGGUGAACAAAGGCAAUAAGGAGGCAGAUUAUCAUAGGGUUUCAACAAUAAAAGUAACACAAUUAUUGACAAAGUCAGGACAUCAGUUUUCAGAAUAGUCAGGAAAUACCAUGAAUACAAAAGUAAUUAUUCAUUUAAAGUCUCCAUAAAAGAUCAUUGUUAAUAUUUUACAAGUAAAGUUCUGUUGAGAUGUUGCGUGUCCAAAAUUAGGUGAUUUGGGCAGCAUAGUAUGUAAGAUGAAAGAGUUGGAUUUGCCAGUGACCGGGUGACAUUGUGUUCUUGUGAAGCUCCAAGUGUGCUAAGUGUUGUGUUUGCACUCUGUGUUUUGGACAUUUACUUUGAUGUCCUCAAAAAGCAACAUACAAGAGGAAUGACUGAGGACAGAAGAGCCAAAUUAGGACUAUUCUGUGUGAUUAGGGACACUUGAAAGGUAUUAUUCCCUAUUAAAGGGACACCACAAGUGUUUAUGCCCCUUGCUUGGGUUAUGGCUCAAUGAGCUCCCUGUUCUAUCUAUCUAUCUAUCUAUCUAUCUAUCUAGCUAUCUGUAGGUCUAUAGUGAAAUAGAAAUGUGACACAUUCCAUCUUUAAAUCUAGAAUGUUUCAAUUUAAAAUGUGUUUGGGUAUGAUUAAAACAAAUCUGAUUCACUGUUUUAUUGGUCCUGCUCAACAAAAAAUGUGAUUGCCCUUUGAGGGAUAUUUCUAUGUACCUUGAUUGCUUUUCUGAUGUUUACAAAUGUCCUUGAUUUUGUUUCUAUAAAGUCAAAAAUGAAUAAUAAAAAAAAUUCUGAUUGUUUUCUAAAGUUCUAUAUUUCCUUGUUUUCUAAAGUGCUAAAAGAAAAAAAAGAAAAAAAAUAUAUUUUAGUACAAAAUAUUAUUUGUAUUUUUUAUUCUGCGUAGCUCACAUGCCUCGAAGUCUGAAAGAAGCAAUGGUUCCCAUUAUUAGCACAAAGAAAUGCAACAGCUCUUGCAUCUACAAUGGUGAUAUUACUCCAAGAAUGCUUUGCGCAGGAUACUUAGAUGGCAAAGUUGACGCCUGCCAGGUGAGCAGUUGAGCAGUUGAGCUAUGUAUUGUUAGACACAAAAUGUUCUGAUGAUCUAAAUACCAAAAUGUUCUGAUUACCUAAAUACCAAAUUUCACUAAACUCCAAUUAAAAUUUUUGUAGCAAAUAAAAAUUUUGAAUUGCAAAAUUCAGGCUUAAAUUGUCAAGCUGUGACUACAGCUUAGUUGGAUAAUGCUUCCCGAUGAGAUACUUUAGCCUUCAUUCCACAAUUCAGAUUUCAAUUUUUUUACAAUUCAGCAUUAAGAUAAUAACCCCGUAGGAAAAGGCGUAACUAGAAACUAUGGGGAAAAUUGUCCUUGGCUCCCCCCAUAUGUGUACCCCCCCACCAAAUAGGUCCCCACACACACACACACACACACACACAUGCAGACAAACAGAUACACAUGCAGCAACACACAUUCAGGCACACAUACAAGUAGACACACACAUACAUACAUACAUACACACACACACAUACACAUACACACAUACAGACACAAACACACAGACGCACACACACAUACAUACAGACAGAGACACAUACAGAGACACAUACAUACAGACAGAGACACAUACAGAGACACAUACAUACAGAUACACACACACACAUACACACACAGACACACAUACACAAACACACACACAUGCAAAAUGUUUAAGUCACUUUCCUGUUUCCUACCUUUUAGGUGCAGGAGGGUGACUUCCCUGGGGUCCACUGGCGCAGGCUGAUGGGAGUCAGCUGGGAGGAAGUGACCAGGGCAGUAAAUUCCUCCCAGCGUCUGACAUCAUCAGAGGGGGUCAGGUCAUGCUGUUAAAGUGCAGAACUUACCGGGGUCACCCGAUGGGUCCCUUCAAUGCGGCCCCGGUGGUAACACCGCGUGGGCCGGGGCCACAACACAUGCCGGCAGGCACACGGUCGCAGGGAUCCUCAGGGCAUAGGGCCUCCUGGAGUGAUGGGCGUGGUCGCAGCUGCGACCCCUGCGACUGCGGUAGUUCCACCACCACCUGUAGGUCAAUAAUUAUAUUCGAAAAUAUUUUUCUGAAAUAUCGAGUCAAUAACUAUGUAAUAAAAAAUACAGUGGCUGCAAUUUAGCUUGUUUUUAACAGUCUUUAGUCUGUUCUUGUUUGAAGUUUUGAGGAUGUGAAUUUCCUGGCUAAAGAAUGAUUUUUGUGGGGAUAGAACAUUGCUUUCCAAGGUUUUUCAGAGCUUCCUGUACCCCGGUUGGGUACCUCUGCCAAGGAUCAGUUCCUAUCUGGAGCCGGGGAAACUGCAGCACUUCAAGUCACGGCGACUGGGGUCCUCCUCGAACUUCUCCUUCCUGGAACAGGGUAGAGCAACAGCUCUCUUUUUACCCAAUAACAGGAAAACACACAGCUCUGGGAGUACAACUGACUGUAUUGAACCAAACCUUGCCUUUUAUGCACAGACCCCAACAUGGGGUCUCCAUACAAUACAUUGCAAUCCCCACCCUGGCGUCUCUGUGACUGGCAGAUAAUUGAGUCAAGGACCAUUAAGUUAAUUAUCUCCAGAUACAGAAAGGCAAACAUAAAAAGCAUAAAAGUACCUCAAACAUAGCUUAAACAUACAGGAAUGCCACAUGUCCUAUAUCUCCAAAGAGCCCUGAUUUGAACGUCCAAGUUGUCAAAAAAGCACUCAGAUCCAUGCAGUGUAGUGGAUUUGCCACUGGAGCAAAGUUCUGACUGGCUGCACACGUGGUCCAUGCCUAAAAUAGUUCCAGAGCGAUUAGUGCUUUGGCCGGUCAACUUUCAGGCGAUCCUGCAGGCAAAAUACGGGGUGCUCCUCCAGGCUCUCAGAGAGAGAUUGUUCUUCACAGUCACUGGCACCUUCCCUCCAAAAAGCGCUGUCCUGGCGUGUCGGCAAGGGGGUCAUAGCAUCAGACCAAGAUGACGGGGAACAACAAAGUCACCUAGCCGAAAAGGUCCCAUAACGGUCGUGGCUAAGUAUCACUGAGGACCAUUCGCAAGUUGAUUUGUACGAACAUCCGCCACGGAGCAAGUGUUAGAGUGAAUUGAACAAUGAACGCUUCAAGUUGUUUCCCUAGAUUCAACUGAAAAUGCAAGUUUUAAUGACUUCUACAGUCUUAAAAUUAUUCAACCCUCUGAAUAGAAUUCCUUACAACAGCACAAAUAUGCAAAACAGACUGAAGCACACCUGAUGCAACUAAUCAAGGACUUCAUUAGUUGCGCCAGGUGUGCUUGAGCUGGAACACUUGAAAUACUUGAACUGGCUGGUUUGUUGGAUGUCGUGUUUGACUGCAUGUUAUAAAUACAGUAAUAUUACUGUAGAAACGUAUACAGUCUGUGCACACACAGCUCCACUGUGAAAGUGAAUGCACGUUCAAAAUACAACCUUAUAGUUAAUACCUUAAAUUACUAUUUUGUUGUGCCUGCACAAUGGAGCUGGGGUUGAAAGGUCUUUCUGUACCACAGAACCACUCAUUUCUACUACAGACGCAGAUAUAGAAACCAUCAGCUUCCUUACUAGUUCUCAACUUCCUGAAUUAUAAAAUGUUUUUUGUUAUUUAAUAUCAUGUUAGAGGAUUCAAUAAGCUGUGCUUUAUUGAUUUCUAUUGAAACAGCUUGUCUUAUAGCAGCAAAAAUAAGAUUAUCACCGUCUGGAUCUCCUGUCUGUUUUCAGUACAUGACACAUUUCAAGUGCAUUUUAAAAAAAAUGAAAUUUGUUUUUAUAAAAGUUAGGCCUUUUGUAGAGAUUAUUGCAACAUUAUACAAAGAUGUAUUUUGAUGCAGCUGUUGCCAUGACUUUUGUAUAUACUUUGGCUCAAAUCUUGCACUUUGUCGAACAAUGAAGGAAGGUGUUCCCCCAGUCUUCUAAGUGAAGCAAAGACAGCAAAAGAGGACAGUUUAGAGAAAAAAAAAACUCACUGCAUUUUUUUCAUUGGACUGUAUCUGAAAACAAACCUUGCAAAAGCUGCAGGCCUCCCCCACCAUGCACAAACGUUAUGUGGCUGUCCAAUAACAGACUUCCCAAUUGCAGCUUAAUGAGAAGUGUUUUUAAGGCAGGUGCUUUGAGCACUUGCUGCCUCCUGAAGCUCCACUGAGCUAACCAAACCAGGAAGUAAUAGGACCUGUUGUCUGAUUGACAGAAAGGGGGCGUAACCAGCUUAAUUUACAAAAGUGCCAAUAUCUAUUGAUAUCUGCACUUUUUGUUAAAUGAAAAAAUGAGGACACACUCUUCACGCAUAAAGCAAUUCAGCUUGCUGAAAUGCUUAAGUGGUCUGCAAUGUCCCUUUGAGAUAGAUACAUUGCAAUCUGUUUGUUAAUAUUGUAGGAUACAAUUACAACUUCCCAAUGUGUAAUAUAUAUCAUGUUAUUUUAUUUCUAUGGAGUUUUUUUUUUUAUUUAAGUCAAUAUCAUUACUUGUCUCAUUCUAAUUACAGUUCCCCAGGAGUUACUAAUUAACUUUCAUUGGUGAUUUAAUCAGCUCCUAAACACCAAUCUCUGUAUAUUCAACGUAACCUUUGCUACUAUUAAGUACCGGACAUCCUUGACAUAUAUUUAUCGAGCUCCCUUGAGUUCCUUCAGUCUCUGUGCUCAAUAAACAACUUCCAGCAGAACUAUGUAAUGACCACUGAAUUCACAAGGAGAAAAGCAUGUCACUGUUUGCUGAAGGCAAAUACACGAGUGAGUAAAAAUAUCCGCAAAAGAACUUUAGCAGUGUUAACUCUUUCAGAAUAUAAAAUAAAAGAUGCACAGAAUAAACAGUGUAGGCAUAAAAGCUUCCAAAUCACAUAAUCUUAAAAAAAAUGCACUUUCUUAUAAAACAAAAAGUCAAUUGGACAGAUAUUAAAAUGCUGAUUGAGAUUUGUAUCAAUGAACUUCAAAGUAAUAGACUACAGCAACUCUACUCUAAUGACCGGAUUAAUAAAAAAAAAAUAUAUAUAUAUAAAUAGUUAUGAAACGCUAUUUUAAAUAUUGUGGUUUACAAAAUGCAUCCCCGUGGAUUUUAGUAUUUACACUAUAUGUAUGUUUUAUUUAUACAGAGGUUAACAGUUGUUUUAUUUUUCCUUUUAUAAAAUAUUUAGAUAUUAUUUAUCUCACAGCCUAUUUUAACAUCACUAUCUUUGAAAGAUAGCCAGCUAAUUCAUGCAAACUUUACAAAUAAUGUACCAGCUAAAAUUGAAAAUACUUUUAAUCUUAUAAGGACACGUGAAAUGUUGUCAUUUUAUUUGAAAUGCAAGAACUGCCGAUGGUAGAACUGAUACUGCUUUCCAUUCAGAGACACUACCAGCGGAAUGUCUCAUUCUAGGGUUCAGCUAAACUAGCACUUGUUAAAAACGACCAACUCCAAAAAUAAUCCACUUCACCUAUUUCACUUCAAAUAUUGUAAAUCUUUUAAUGGCAAUAAAAAACAACUACACCUGUUUAAUCACCAUAAACACUGUAGUGUAUUUUUGCCAAACCCACCCCACCCCUACCCCCAGUGUAAGUAAUCAAACCGUUUCUUGGGAUGCAUAACUUAUUUCUUAUCAGGUGUGUGAAAAUAUUUAGGAGCUAACUUAAAAUCUUGCCUUGAUUAGGCCUAUGUAUAAUUUGUCACAUAGCUCCUUUAAAGGUAGGUUAUUCACCUUGCUGAGUUGGUUUAGGGGUUAACUGCAUGUGCCUGCAGGAAUAUUAUAUAAGUGCUAAUUUCAAGUGAAAUCAGCAUAUUAAUAAAUCUACUUAGUAACAUCUCUUGACAGCAGGGAGGUUUUCAUGACUUACUUGAAUUGAAGAAUAGUUGAAAGCAGAUCUGAGUGCUUCUCAGAUAGAAGCCAUGGUUUGUCUAAGAGAAGCCUUGUUGGUGUGUCCCAAUGUUUCUCUAGUAUAAGGAUCUAAUGAUAGGUUUAGCACUUGAGGUGUACUGGAGAAAUGGAGAAAGCAGCUGAAAGAACCUAAUCAGGAGUAUCUCUCUUCCAGUCAGCGAUAGGAUGUAUGCAUGUGAUGGUGGAAGUAGCCCCACAAAAUGUCCUCAAAUGUGGGUAACAUGGAAUGGGACAAUGGAGGAGUAUUUGGUGUAAUAUGUAAAACAAAGAAGAGAGACACUAUCAGUUAGCUCUACUUCUGUGCAAUCAAAAUUACAAGUUUAAUUUUGUUCAGAAAUGCUUGAGAUUUGAUAAAAGCAGGACCCUCCUGAUGGUUUUUGUUAUAAAAUUAUUUUAGCCAAUAAGAAUGGUAUUAUAAGAUUCACAAAACCCAAAAUGACAAAACAAAAUGGCAUCUGAAUAAAUACUCCUUGUAUAAAAUGUAUAGCCAGUAUCUCUACAUCAUACCAAUUUCAUUUAUGGAUAAUACUCUCAAGCUGCAUAUUUUUUGUUCAUACUAACAUCAUAUGAAGCUUAUUCCUUCCUGUGUUCCAGUCAUGACACAGGAUGAGUGGAACAGCUCAAUAAGCGGACAGCAGCCAUACAACAGCUAAUUUAAGCCUAGUUAAUGAUUUUGUGAAUCCUGACUGUGUGCAGCAAUCUGCAAGGCCCCUGACCGCCCAUGUAUGUGGCCACAAGUUCUUUUCGGUGGUAAAUGUAUAGCAAGUUUUACCACUGCUGCAAGACGUUUCUCUGGGAAAAAAUAAAUAGCUUUUUAACUAGGGGACGAUACAAUAUCAAAAUAAUGUAUCACUUCAAUUGUUUUAUGCUUCACCACGCCUAAUAUGAUGGUGUGAUGAUUGUGAUGCAAAUACAAGUUGAUCACCUCAACACUAAGAAGUGUCAAUCAAAGCUAAAUAUAUUACAGAGCCUGGUUACAUGACAAUCUAUUAAAAUAUUGUAUUCAAUAGAAUGACAGAAAUGAAAGAUUAGCAUCAUUGUUGCUUCUAAUCUUGUAUCUAGUUCCAGCAGCUCUGGUACAUAUCCCUAAAUGUAAGAUGAUUUAGUUAUUGCGAAUGCGCAUAAAUAGAUAACUGUAUUUCAUUUGCCAAUUGUGGUUUCUAGUCUUUGUAUGCACACUGUACAGUGAUAAAAAAAAAGUUGAAUAGAUCUUUUCCUCAGUUCUUUGACCUUCCCUAACCCUUUAUCCUUGCAGGGAGACAGUGGUGGGCCCUUAGUAUGUCAGACAGACUACACAUGGCGCUUGGUUGGAGUAGUGAGUUGGGGAAUGGGUUGUGCUGAGCCCAAUCGUCCUGGUGUAUACACCAAGAUAGUAUCCUUCUUGGAUUGGAUCCAUAACAUCAUCGAGGUAAACAGAUUAAUACUUCUACGGUCUCUUCUCUAAUUGUCUUCUGCCGUCAAGUAUUUUCUUUGAUCUGCAAACAACAUUAAUGGCAAUAAAUUAUCUAUUACAGGAUGAUUAAAGGAAGUGCUCCAAGGACUACAGAAACUCCAGAAACGGGCGCACCUAUAACACCAAAUUAGGGUCAAGCGUGUAGGUUAGCAUAUCUUACAAGUGGUUCAAACAUACUGAAUGUUGCAGCAGAGAUAUCCACAAAAGCUUGGCUUGAAAGAGUUUUUAUGCCAAACUUGAUUUGCACACAUUACUUACCUGCAGCCGGCAGGAGGCAAAACUGUGACUUGCCAACUGUUGUUGAUGCCAAGCUAAUAAGAGGUGGCCUGUGGUAACAGGGUUUAUAGGGAACAAAAUAUAGAAGACUCACUGGCGUAUCAUGAACCUUGCCAAGACAAUGAGUAGUACAGUCAAGCUGAUGCCAUUGUACUAUGCUAUAAUCCCACUCUAAAUCCCACUUUAAUAUUAUCUGUCUAUAUAUCUAUAUCUAAGACUUAAUGACAGAUUUCUUAGCAAAGAGCACUGUCCUAAACACAGAUGCUUAAACAAAGUAUGUGUUAUACUCCCAAAGAAUGAAAGACCUUAUCUGAUAUAUAGAUAUAACACAUGGGCAAGGGACUCAAAGUCUCCAUGCAAAAAUCUUAGCCAAGUGUUAAACUCCGAUCAGAAAAAUAAAGAAACGAAAGAGAGCCCUCACAAGUCUUGUUGCUGAGGUGUUUUCCUGCCUUAUUGAAGAAGUCUGGUGCGAAUACAAAGCAAGGUUGAUGUUUCAGUGCCUAAUUGGCGUUUUACCAAAUCAGAGAUUUGCUAAAAAUCGGAUUCGUGGCUGAAAUGUCGACCUUACUUUGCAUCGGCAACAAAUAGCUUCAAAUCAGCAGCACAAUACCCGAACAACAAAACGUGUGAGUGCUCAUAUAUAUAUAUAUAUACGAUGUGUAUUUACUACCCACACAUUUCAAAAAUAAAACAAAUUAAGAAUAAACACAACCUGACCUAACCACCAUGGCCCAAAGACUUACUUAGGCAUUAAUUAUACACCCACUUAUAUAACGUACGUGGUGAUUUAUUUAACUAUAAUUAAUUGAACUAGUCAUUUUUCUCUUGCACAAGCAGAUAUUGCUCGUUCCGGAUUACUGAAGUGAUAGAAUACAUAGUGUUUAUCAAAUUUGACUGUUUUACUUACUGCGGGAAGUGACUUGUAUUUUUCAGUAUCAAUAUUUAUUAACAUUAUG